GCUUGUCGUACUCUGAUUUUCUCUGACGAUAAACAAAUCGAAAACGGAAAACGAAUCUCUCCCCUGAGAAAUAAAAAAACUCAGGGACCUCUCGAGCUUCUCUCCAAUGGCGGCUACAAUCCCUGGCUCCAUCUUCGGUCUCUCCACCGUCUCGUCUUCCUCAAUACAAAGACUUGUCAACGCUGAUUUCUACUGUUCGAAAAGGAGCUCCGACUCCAAGUGUCGACUCACGGCGAUCAAAUCCGAAACAUCUCCGACUUCUGGAGGUGUUCGAAGAAGACGGAAGAACAAUAACGAAGACGGAGCGAAGUUGGUGGUGGUGGAGAGUCCGUAUUCGAGAGUGGAGGCGGCGCGUCCCGAUUCGCGGAAGAGCUUGUCGGAUUUUUUGGAGGAAGCGAGAGACUUCGUCGGAGAUGAUGAAGAAGGCUUAGACCCGCCUCGUUGGUUUUCUCCGUUGGAGUGUAGCGCUCAGGCUCAAGGCUCUCCUCUUCUCCUUUUUAUACCUGGAAUCGAUGGUACUGGACUUGGACUCAUUCGCCAUCACAAGAAACUCGGCGAGAUUUUUGAUGUAUGGUGCCUUCACAUUCCAGUAAGGGAUCGCACUCCUGCUAAAGACUUGGUGAAGCUUAUUGAGAGGACAGUUAAGUCGGAGAACUAUCGCUUCCCGAAUAGACCUAUAUAUUUAGUUGGAGAAUCUAUUGGAGCAUGUCUUGCCUUAGACGUCGCAGCCAGGAAUCCCAACAUCGAUCUUGCUCUCAUCUUAGCUAAUCCAGCCACGCAUGUCAACGACUUGAUGUCGCAACCUCUAUCAGGAAUGCUGAAUGUUUUACCAGAUGGAAUUCCCACUCUACUGGAAGAAAUAUUUGGUUUUAAGCAAGGCGAUCCUUUGACUGCAAUGUUAGACGCUUUGUCCAAUGAGUUUUCUGUCCAGAGAAUGGGUGGAGGGAUGCUUAGAGAUAUCUUUGCAGUUUCAGCUAAUCUUCCUACUUUGAGUAGGAUCUUCCCUAAGGACACACUGCUUUGGAAGUUGGAACUACUCAAGUCUGCUAUCUCAUCUGCAAAUUCUCCCAUUAACGCGGUCAGAGCUGAAACAAUGAUACUUCUCAGUGGACGCGAUCAAUGGCUGCUAAACGAGGAAGACAUUGACAGAUUUGCACGUACAUUGCCAAAAUGUAUUGUGCGUAAGCUUCAAGACAAUGGACAAUUUCUCUUUUUGGAAGAUGGAGUAGAUCUGGUUACUAUCAUCAAGUGUACUUGCUUUUAUCGCCGUGGGAGAUCUCAUGAUCACCUUUCAGAUUACAUUUUGCCUACCCCAUUUGAGUUAAAACAAUAUUUAGACGAACAAAGAAUGCUAAUAGAUGCUACUUCCCCUGUAAUGUUGUCAACUCUAGAAAACGGUAAACUUGUAAGGAGCCUUGAAGGAUUACCUUCAGAGGGACCUGUUCUGUACGUUGGCUAUCACAUGCUAUUAGGAUUUGAGUUAGGUCCAAUGGUUACUCAAAUCUUGUUAGAGAGAAACAUCCACUUGCGUGGUUUGGCACAUCCGAUGAUGUUUAUGAACAAACAAGAUUUAGUAGACGCACAGAUGUUUGACAAAUAUAAGAUAAUGGGUGCAGUUCCUGUCUCCAAAUUCAGUAUCUACAAACUACUGCAAUCUAAGUCUCAUGCGCUUUUGUAUCCUGGUGGUGUCCGUGAAGCUUUGCAUAGAAAGGGUGAAGAAUACAAGCUGUUCUGGCCAGAGCAACCAGAGUUUGUGAGAGUUGCAUCUAAAUUUGGAGCCAAAAUCGUUCCUUUUGGUGUUGUUGGAGAAGAUGACAUCUGUGAUAUUGUCCUGGAUUCAAAUGAUCAAAGGAACAUCCCUAUCCUGAAGGAUUUAGUGGAAAAGGCAACAAAGCUAGCUGGCAACAUAAGGGAAAGCGACAAGAGUGAAUUGGGAAACCAAGAUUGCUAUAUCCCAGGACUUGUACCUAAGAUUCCGGGGCGGUUCUACUACUACUUUGGGAAACCAAUAGAAACAGCAGGUAAGGAGCAAGAGCUAAGAGACAAAGAGAAGGCUCAAGAGCUUUACUUGCAAGUCAAGUCUGAGGUCGAACAAUGCAUUGCCUAUUUGAAAACGAAAAGAGAGAGUGAUCCAUACAGAAACUUGUUGCCAAGGAUGUUGUAUCAGGCCUCACAUGGUCCCUCUUCUGAAAUUCCUACGUUUGAUCUCUGAAAUUAGCUAUUCUCUUUUUGAUUAUUAAUUUUACACAUUACUGUGGCUAUGUUGUAGGUAGUAGACAUUUAAUCAGAAUUUUUAGUAAUUUUUGAAAA